AUGAGCAGAAUCGAGACGGAAAACGAGCUCAAGCAAUUUACGGGCAUGGAAUACGCCCUCGUUCACGCCCAGCCUCCUCUUUUCGUGAUUCAACAACGCCAUCGCCUAUCUCCGACAGAAGUUCGCCCAACAGCCGUCUACUUUAUCUUGAACAAUGUCCUGUACUCUGGGCCUGACCUUUACACGUUACUAUCGACGAAAUUGACGAAUGCACUCAAUAUGAUUCAGGGCUCGCUCGACAUCUUACGAGCCGCUCGGCCAGACUAUACCCCUCGAAUAGGCCACGUUUGGCCAAUUAUCGACGAGCCCACGAAUAAGACUGGGACGAGCAAGGCCCAACAGCCAGCACGGCAGGGCUCCCUCGUGCCAGGCACUCCGAUGGACAUAAGUGGGGGCAGCCAACCCAUCAAAGGGCACGACCCUUCACAGAUGGGCACUAAACGAGAUGGAGCUGGAGCACAUGGGAACGAAGGUGCUGGAACGACCGAAGAAGAAAACGAGAUGAACCAGAUAUGGGAUCCAUUCGCGGUUGCGUUGCAGUCUCUACGCUUCGAUAUGGAAAAGAAGCGACAUGCCGCAAUACAAGCUGCUGAACAACAGCAGCAGCUCGUUGGGGCGUCUGGUUCGGGUUCAAGCUUUGCCGCGGCAGCAGGUGCCGGCGGGAUUGGUCCUUUGUCAACAACAGGCGCACCGACGACGGGUUUGGGGGACGAUGCACGCGCAGGCAUCGGUGCUGGAACGCGUUCGACGACGUUGGGCCCCGACGCAAGGAGCUCACUAGUCACCGGCCCGUUGGGUUCGACUACUUCUGGUGGAGGAGGACAGAUCCCUGGUGGCAGUGGCGCCGCUAGAUUCACUGUCCCGACCGCGGAUGGGCCUUCAUCGAGCGCGAGGCUCAAGGGAGUUCCUGGUCCACCGGGAAAACCGGGUCAAGGCAAGAAAAAACAACGUCGUGAGUAG